CUUUUUUCGAACUUCUUUUUGCUCUUGUCUCUUUACCUCUUCUUCUUCUUCUACUUCUUCUGCGUCUAUUGUUCCAUACAUCCUGUGCAUCAAAUCACCCCACCUUGCCGUCUGCCUGUCUGCCUGCUCAUUAAACACCACCAGUCCCUCCUUACUGACAGACACACAAGCAGCCCUUGCGUACACACGCCACUCGCACGCACACACAUCCUCGGCACAAUACAGAAAGGAAUACGAGCCAACAACACUACAACGCGUGCUGUACCCCCAUUUCAACAACAACAACAACAGCAACAACAGCAACAGCAAUAAGCCCCAUUGCUGCCAUCAGCCAAUUGCUCGUUCAUUCUGUCAACACUCUCUUUUUUUUUGCGCUCGAACCCUCCUCUUUUGUACAAAGCAGAACGCAAAAAAAAAAAGUUUAAAUAAUGUAUACCAACUAUCCCUCGGAGACGCCCUACUAUUCUCAGCCUGCGUCUGCUGCAGGUGGUCAGAUCCCGGUCAUGACCUGGAACCCACCUCAGCAACCUCAACAACAGCAACAACAGCAACAGCAGCAGCAGCACUUUGAUAACGCCAUGGUUACUCCGCGACCUCAUUCAUUUCCUGUAAUGCCCGCCGAAACACCGAUCAUGGCUCAACAGCAGCAGCAGCAGCAGCCAAAGUUAACAACUUCAUUUUGGGAAGACGAAGGCACCAUCUGUUAUCAAGUAGAUGCUAGAGGCUAUUGUGUGGCUCGACGCCAAGACAACGAUAUGGUGAACGGUACCAAGCUUUUGAACGUCGUGGGCAUGUCCCGUGGCAAGCGUGAUGGUAUUCUCAAGAACGAACGGGGCCGCGUCGUCGUCAAGGUCGGUGCUAUGCACUUGAAAGGUGUUUGGUAA